AUGUCAAACUCUAGCACGUUUGCGUCGUUCCCUUGCAACUUCUCGACGUUCCAGCAGCAGUUGCCGUGGACGUCGUGUGGCACCGGCACACCCCAAGCUUGGGGCAACCAGACAUGCGUCUACACCUACUUGUACGCUGACAUGUCUGUGACAAGCGGGCUCCUCGCCGCAGACACGUCCACAUUUGACGGCAGUGCGGCCGUGGACGGCCUGGCCUUCGGAUGCGGCUCCUUUAACCAAGGACUGCUCGACUUCAACUCGUCCGGUACCGGCAUCACCGGCUUCGGCUGCGGCGCCCUGUCCCUUUCGUCGCAGCUCAAAGUCGACAACUUCUCGUACUGCUUCACCAACAUCACGGGGUCCACGCCCAGCGCCGUGCUGCUCGGCCUACCGGCGAACCUCUAA